AUGGCAGAAGCUGGAUUUUAUUCUGUUGCUACUGGUCCUAAAGACGCUGAUGCUGCAAAAUGUUUCCUGUGUGGUAAAGAACUUGACGGUUGGGAAUCUAAUGAUGAUCCAUGGGAAGAACACAAGAGUCAUGCUCCUAAGUGUGCUUUUGUACAGCUCGGGAAAAAAGAGAAUGAUCUUCUACUUCCAGAGUACUUGUCAAUAGUCAAGCAAUAUAUAAUAAAUCAUAUUAAAGAACUGGUGGAGCAAAGCAAGGAAAUAAUUGAUGAAGAGGUGAACAAAAGUAAAGUGGACAUGUAUGGAAGAAUAAUAUAA